CGGACUGUAAAAGAGCCCCUCUGUCCACGCUUUGGCCUGCAGCCAGGUGGCAACGGCAGAGGUGUGUCAGAGAACGUGAAGCAGUCAGGCACACUUCAUAAACUCUAAACUGAGCACGAAAAAGCUCCCUGCAUUACUCUUGGUUGGAACUCUGAUCGUAACUAACCAAAAUCACACCCUCGUCCGGGUCUGCGUUCAGCACUUUGUCGAGCGUUCGAGAUAAAGACGGACUUUGACUCAGGAGUGGUCAUAUAAGGUGGAGAAAGACAGAACGGCUGUUCUAACAGAGAGGGGGAGCAAAGCAACAGCCAUGGCCGCGUGGAAGACAGUAGGACCUCUGCUACUACUACUGCAAGCCGCGUUUUGCCAGCGCACCAUCAGAUGGUGCACCGUCUCAGACCCAGAACAGAGGAAAUGCCAGGCUAUGUCUCAGGCGUUCUCCGAAGUCUCCAUCCGUCCCUCCCUCAGCUGCAUCAAGGGGCUCACGGUUGAGGGCUGCAUUCAGAAACUGCAGAAAAAAGAAGUGGAUGCCUUGUCCAUGUUUGCCAGCGACAUCUACAAUGCAGGGAAGACCACAACGUUCAAGAUGGCUGCAAGUGAAUCAAAGGCCGGCGAUAUCAGCUCCUACUAUGCAGUUGCUGUUGUGAAGAAGGCAAACUCUGCCAUCACGAUCCAGAACCUGGCGGGGAAGAAGAGCUGCCACACGGGGAAAGGGCGAACUGCUGGCUGGAAUAUGCCAUUGGGGUACCUUAUUGACCAGGGCUACAUGUCCGUGAUGAGCUGCAACGUUCCACAGGGAGUGGCAAAUUUCUUUAAAGCAAGCUGUAUCCCUGGGGCUAACAAUGCCGGCGAACCCGCAUCUCUUUGUGAGCUUUGCAAAGGAGACGGCACCGGAAACCAUAAAUGUGAGAUGAGUGAGCAGGAGAUGUACUACAGCUACGAAGGGGCUUUCAGAUGUUUAGCUGAAGAUGCCGGAGAGGUGGCUUUCAUCAAACACACCACUGUACAAGAAAACACUGAUGGUCACGGCCCAGCGUGGGCCCAGACCCUGAAGUCAUCGGAUUAUGAGCUGCUGUGCAGAGAUGGGACCAGAGCUCCUGUCUCUCAAUGGAAUCGGUGCCAUCUAGUUCGCAUCCCAUUUCGCGGCAUUGUGGUCGGCAAUGAUAUCACUCCCUCUGUGGUGCUGAACAUGCUGAAUGAAGGUCUGGCAAAGUCAGGAUUCAACAUGUUCUCUUCAACGGAGUAUGGGGGAGGAACGGUUCUUUUCUCCGAAUCAACCACUAAGUUUGAUGGGGUGGAGGCAGAUGACCCAGUAAGGUGGAUGGGUACCAACUAUUACAAUGUUCUGAAAGCCAUGGAUUGCACGCCUAAAGACAUUCCCUCUGUCAUUCGAUGGUGUGUUUUGUCAAGUGGGGAACAGCAUAAAUGUGCUGAUAUGGGUGCAGCCUUUGCUAGCAAAAGUCUUACUCCCACCAUCAGCUGUAUCUACGGGGACUCUUUGACGGACUGCAUGGCCAAGAUCAAGAACAAUGAGGCCGAUGCCAUAACUUUGGAUGGAGGGUACAUAUACACGGCGGGCAAAGACUACGGUUUGGUUCCUGCUGCUGCCGAGAGCUACACAGACGACCAUGACGGCUCCGCGUACUACGCCGUUGCUGUGGUGAAAAAGAACAGAGUGGACAUCCGUAGCCUCGAUGACCUGCGUGACGGUCGCUCCUGUCACACUGGCUAUGGUCGCACAGCUGGCUGGAAUGUUCCUGUCGCCGCCCUGAUAGAGAGAGGGCUGAUCAGCCCAAAAAACUGUCUGAUACCCCAAGCGGUGGGAGGAUUCUUCAAAGAGAGUUGUGUUCCUGGUGCCAACCAAGAUGGCUUUCCCAAGAACCUGUGUGAUCUGUGUGUGGGAGACAUUUCAGGACAGAAUAAAUGUGAAAAAGGAAAAGAUCAGUAUGAUGGAUACGACGGAGCCUUCAGGUGCCUGGCUAGUGGGAAUGGAGAUGUGGCUUUUGUCAAGCAUUCCACUGUCUUCCAAAACACCGACGGUAAUUCAAACGAAAACUGGGCUGUGGAUCUCUUGUCCAAAGACUUCCAGCUGCUCUGUUCCCAAGGAACUAAAGCCGAGGUCUCACAGUACAGGCUGUGUAACUUGGCCAGAGUGCCCUCCCAUGCUGUAAUGGUACGACCAGGCACCAACAUCCAUGCCAUCUAUGGGCUCCUGGACCGUGCACAGACCUACUUCAGCAGUGACACGGGUACUGGUUUCAAGAUGUUUGACUCUCAGGACUACUCGGGCACAGACCUUAUCUUCAAAGACUCCACGGUUCGCAUUGUGGGCGUUGGUGAGAAAAAGACCUAUCAGGAGUGGCUGGGUCAAGGCUACAUGAACUCACUGGAGGACAUGGAGUGCAACUCCUCCAGCGCAGUGGUCUCCUCCGCAUGGCUGGUGCUGACGGCUUUGCUCAGCGUCGUGCUGACCAACGUCUGAAUGUAAAGCAGCGACUCCAGAAUCCUGCCCCACGCCGUGUUGUUUUUCUUCUCAUUCUGCUGCCAUGCACACUAUGGCAGCCUCUUCCCCACACUAUCAGUCACUCCAUGGCUUAGCUUUCUCUUUUUCUUCCACCUCUUUUCACACUUUAAAGGCUGACGUAAUAACCACCCUGCCUGCUGUCCAGCUGAAUCACACGUGGUAGGUUUAGUCUAGGGCAGUGUGUAUCUAUUGCUUCUUUUCUGGAAACCCAAUCCCAUUCGUUUGCGUCACCUCCGUUUAUCUCUCCGUUGAUUCACCAAAGGGAGACAGAGCACAUUUUCUUUGUCAGAGAUUUGAGUAAAAAUGGCAACAUGUAUUAGAUGGAAGGCGUCGUUGACGCUUUGUUUACGGAGGGUGAGCUGCCAUAUCAGUGUGUAUGCUGCCACCUGUUACAUUUACAGUUAGCGCCGUUUCCUCAUUAAACAAAAGGCUGAUUUUAACGUUUACAGAAGCCGCUUUAGGUAGGGUACCUCCAUAUUU